AUGUCUACAUUCUCGUCGCUCACCAUCCACGACUUUUGUAUCGAGCGCGAGCCAAUCACGAUGCACCGAGCCCCGUCCUUCCCGUCCCUGCGUUACACAAGCGAACCUACAAUCCCUAUUCCGAGCGACCAAUGGCCCCCACCCGAUCCAGUUCCCAUCACUGGACGCUCCCUCGAGAUCCGACUCCUUGACAAGGUCGCAGAGGGCCGAGCUGGACUCGUUCAUUCCGUGCAAGUCUUGACUGAGGCCUCUCCCAGUCUUCCGGAGCUGUGUAUCAAAGUCGCGAAACCCCGGUACUGUCGCAGUCUCGCGCGAGAGGCAUGGUUCUACUCACGACUGGAGACACUGCAAGGCAGCGCCGUGCCCCUCUGCUUUGGGUUUUUCACCGCGCCAAUAGCGGACUGUAUCCCUUGGAACCGCAUAUCACUCAAAGAGACCAGCGCAGAAGUCGAUGAUUGGCUCCCGGACGACAUGGGGGUUACAAAGCCAAUUCACCAUGCAUGGGAUAGAUGGAAGUACGCUCCUGAUCAGCCGCUCGUCGCCGUUCUGGUGAUGGAAAAGCUCGGUGAGCCGUCCUAUCAAGAUUGUCGCGAUCCGUCACAUGAGAGUGUGUUCACUCCUGAGGCUGAAGAAGAUCAAGAAUUUGCAGAGUCGAGGAUCGAGGAGAAAGGGUCCAUUGCCUACCUCAAGAAAAAGUUGUUGGAUAUUCACUGCACGUCAUUACAAAGUCCAAAUACGCGCCCUGCAAUCUGUUCCGAGUAUGAUAGAGCUGAGACGCGGUCCCUCUUCAAUGAGCAAGCGUACAAGACGUGGCGGUGCAUGGCUGGUCACGAGCCUAGCAAAACGUUUCUGCCGUCGGCUGACCAUCAGGAGCAAACAUCUCGUCAGACUGAGUCGCGUGGUAUGAGACAAUUCAACAUCACCCGUGUACGGCUCUUCAUCAAGGAAGCGUCGAUGCAUUCGUCUCUGCUUGAGAAUGAUGAGCAUGAUGCGGCUGGUCAGGAUGGAAUGAAGGUUGAAGACGGGUCAAAGAGGGCAUUUUCCUAG